ACAUUUUUGGCGCUCAGUAUACUCCCAGGAACGUUGAUCGCCGGACCUCCCGUGAACACAGUCUACGUACAACUUUCGAUAGAUAACAAUUACGUAACAACAAAUACGUACUUCGAAUUUUUCAAUUUUUUUUUCACUCGCAUAAAUUUCAACAGAAAAAUGGCCAUGCACAUGAUGGUAAGCAUGUUAAUAGAUGAAGUCACCAAACAUCCAGAGAUCUACAAUCCAGAUAAUAAAGAUUUUUCUAAUAAAGAAAUAAGAAAAAACACUUUUAAUACCAUCGGCAAAAGAAUUUCAGGUAUACCAGGCGAAAUUCUGCAGGCCAAAUGGGACAAAAUGUUAAACAAGUAUGCUGAUUUCAUUAGAAAACUGAGCAACGACGAUUCGUCUGAAGAAGUUUUGGAACAGUUUAUGAAAUGGCCGUGGGCGAAGCUUAUGCGUAACUUUAAACCAUAUGUUCGCAGACAAUUCCAAAUACCGGAAUUUCAACCCGCGAUACAGCUGAUAACUGAAAUAAACAUUCCGAAUUCAGCUACACGACCUUUGCACGCGAAAUCCGUUGUGGGUGAACCGUCUGAUAACGACACAACAUCCAGCUCUGAAUUUCCGUUCUCGCGGUCCACCGAGCAGGGACCUGCACAGCAGGAUGACGGUAACGAAAGUCCCACGAACGAAAACAAGACGCCAUUCACUCCGAAACUGGAGGACUCACAAUUCGUGCACCCGGUACCAGAACCCUAUUUCGAUGAAUCAAGCAAUGACAUUAACGAAAUUGUAAUCCCAAUGUGUGGUUUUGGAUUCGUAAGUCCCGAUCUAAUGGAAGGGGAUGACAUGUUGUCGACGCGGUCCCCCACCGAAGAUGAAAUUCAGGAAUUUGGGAAGACUAUGGCUGCCGGAAUAGUUCAAGACUUAAACGACUUUAAAAAGUUCAUAAUUACUACGGGCCAGUUCCCCGACACCGAUGACGACGACGACAAUGAUGACGAUUCCAAUGACGAUGACACGACCGACGACAAGAUCGCAACGUCUGAGGCGGUGGUGGCGACAAGAGAUGAUGGGCCAUCUAGUGCCAAGAAGAGACGUCAAGAAGAUCAGUCCGGGUCCGACAAAAACGUUGACAAAAGUGAUAAAGUCUGGACCAAAGUCAAUGGUAAUACAAGUCACUCGGGAGACAAUGAAUAUGACGGUCAGACGGAUGUUCUACCUGAUCUGCCACAACCCAAGCCAGUGAUCAAGAAAGGACCGUUGGAUUUUACUGCACAGGAGCACACAUUUCUCGCCUGGGCUAAGACGAUGAGUACAUUUACGGCUAAACGACAAGCGACAGUUAAGAUGCAAAUCAAUAAAAUCAUGUCUGAGGCCGAAUUCGAAGAUUUGGAUGACGAGUUUUUUGCUGCCAAAAAAGAGCCGUAUCGUCCUAUUUACACUUCACGCUAUUGAACAGAUCAUUUUAUUUCGGCCAGAUGUGACGGAUUGGAUUUACAAGUAUUUUCAUGGAACACGCUCCAGCGACAUUCUAUCAUCGAAAAUCAAAGUUUUCAUUAGAAAGAUUUAGAAUUAGAAUUUAGAUUAGAAGACUUUUUCAUUUACUUAAAGGUUUAUGCAUUUA